AAUGACUUUCAAAUGAAAUCUAGCCUUGCAGAACAUAUUGUUAUAUAAUUUAUCUGUUUAAAUGUCGGCACGCACAUUAACAUGUCAAUACAUUUAACUACUGUGUUUAAAGGAUACUGAAAGCACAAAUUAUGAGACUGAUUAUACAGAUUUUUGUGAUAGUUUUACAAAUCAUAAAUGUCGAUGGAGCUCAUUUUCAGGGAGGAAUGAUAACAUGGAAGUACAAAGACAAUCAGGUAUACAUAACGUACAAAGUGUCAUUUAAUAGUCAUCACUGUGAUAAUGCAACCAUAUUGAACAGAAUAUUGGUAAACGGUGGAGGAUCGUUAAUGUGCUAUAGCGGAUGCCAUGACACAUUGACAACAACUUUGGUAACUCCUGUGUCUUACUAUUGCACAGAGUUUAGUGAGGAUGACAACUGGACAUAUGGCCAAAGGACAUUUAAUGUUACGUUCCCAUCUACAUCAGAUAACAUAUACGUAUUUGGACACAGAAGCGGCAAUUGGGCUAAUCUUGUUGACGGUGGAAGUAGUUGGUCUUUAAUAGCAACAGCAAAUUUAACCAUUCGACAAGAUAAUGGACGAAUCAACUCUUCACCAAUUGCUGCAAUGCAACCAUUUUUUACAGUAAAUAAAAACUGUGCAAUACCAUAUGCCUUGAGAAUUCCAGUUCAUGACGAAGAUGGCGAUGUUGUUAGAUGUCGGUGGGCGACCAAUUCUAUAACAGAUGAAUGCGGAGGCGUGUGCAACAUAUUACGAAACUCUGUUUUGGAUCAGUCAAAUUGUAUCCUAUACAUAAAUGCAAUACCUGUGACUGGUCGUUAUGCUGUUGUUCUUCAAAUUGAGGACUUUGGUAACCAACAAGAUACUAUCGCAUUCAGCAGUAUACCGUUGCAAUUCAUUAUAAAUGUUAUUGAUGGUACUACUAUGUGUGAUACCAAACCAAGAAUAGAAACACCAGUGAUAGAUAUUCCAUCAAAUUCGAUGUAUCAUCAAACUAUUAUUGCAAGAUCCACAGUUUCACAAAUUGCCGAAGUCAAUAUGGUAUCACCAGUUGGAUUUAUAAAGUCCGAGCUGUUAAGAUAUGGUUCUUCAAACGAUCGUUGGUAUGUCAAUGUGACUUGGACUCCAACGAAUGAAGAUAUUGGAAUCCACAUAUUCUGUUAUACAGCAAUAGAUGUUUACAGGCAAGCAUCUGACCAGAAAUGUAAAAAAUUGAAAAUAAUAGAUGCAGAAGGAUGUGCAUCUAGUCCAUGUUCGAAUGGUGCAUCAUGUACUCAACAAAUAAACGGGUAUAUGUGUAAAUGUGCUGUUGGCUUUACCGGCAUAUUUUGUGAAACAGAAAAUUGAAAAAAAUGAAUACAGGCGUUUACAACAGACAGUCGCCAAAUCAGUACGUACUGUACAGCCGAAUUAUCUAUAAUAGAUAUAUUUGGCCCAAUGAUCGAGAAUGAAAUGUUCGUAAAAAAAAAUAUCAUACCAACGUUUAAGAACUGUUCCAACCGAAAAGGACCAAUCGUAUUGUCAAACCAGGACACACAUAUGAAGUAAAGCUG